GACAAGGAGGAAGACACCCACCUUCCCCGUCAUUCGAAGAGGAAUAAGAAGGACCAGGCCUUCCAGGACCCGCGUGCUAUAGAGUCUGGAUUUUCCCGGCUGCGCCCAUUCCUCCUGGCUAUCGCCUAGUUAUUCCACAAGUCUCCGCCUUCACUUUUCCUCCUGGAACCAGGGCUCAGGGUGGCCUCCGCCUCAGACUAGAGCCCCAUGGAUCCGCUGCAGAAAUGGGAUCCAAUGUCGAUUUCCAUGCCCUCCCGCAUGGCCACUGUGACAAGCUCCCAAGAGGCCUCAGCAGGCUCUCAGCCUUCCUCCUCAGAAAAGCUAAGCCUGGGCCUCAGUGGCCUGAGCCUCUGCCGCAGCCCUGCCUCUGUUGCCUCUGCUCCUUUGUCCGAGGGACUGCUCCAGCACCAGACCCGAGAGAAGAAGGCCCUGUGGCAGCAGUACUGGGAAAAGCAGGGCUUUCCUCAGAGGAAGAAAGUCUUCCUGAGACACUCGAGACGCUGGCACCGUGAUCACAUGGCACCUUACCUGCUUGAAAGGGAUCUCAGAGGCUCUCCCUCAGGUGACAGAGCUCAGAAUCAGCUCCGGUGCCAGGGCCACGUGCCGAACAUUGCUGGGAUGAGCGGAGACAGGAACAAGGCUCCCAACCCCCCCUCCUGGGAAACGCUGGUACAGGGCCUCAGUGGCCUCACCCUCAGCCUGGGAGCCAACAGAGCGAGCCCCCUGCCUGAAGGGCCUGGGGAGCAGCAGGACCCAGAGCAGAUGCUCCAGCUGGAGAGGCAGCAGGAAAGCAUGAGGAUGUUCCAGAGGAUGCUCAAGUAGAGGAUGGAAGAAGGCUGCGGAGCUGGCUCCCAGAGGACGGAGGUGAAAACGGAUUCAGACAGUGCGGCACAGCCAGCUCAGGGGCCCAGACCCUAUUGGAUCAAGGCAGUCAGCUGCCUUUGGAUGAGCCCCAACACUGUGCUAUGAUGGGAGUUGUCCUAGGAAGGCUUCAACUUCCCUGCUUAUGUCUUGAAGCGUGCCUUUGUGGGUAUGGUGGUGUGUGUUAGCCGAUACAAAAGAAAACUGGGGACCAGGGAUCCCUGAACCGCCAUGUUGUGAUUCACACACAGAGAGUUUUCACUCAUUUUUCUGGGAACUCAAUGCCCCCCAUCUUCCUUUUAAAAAGAACCAACAUCGUCUCUGUGUGUAUAUGUAUAUAUGUAUAUAUGAUGUAUAUAUAAGACAUGUAUAUGUCUUCUAUAUGCCUUCUUGAUCUUAGUUUAUUGAGUGCCCCAGAAAAGGGCUUACAGAUACGAUGGGAUGCAUGUUCUGGAUAGCAGAGGCAGAUCAACUUGCAGCUUCUAGAAGUUGAAGCAAGGGAAUGAAGCUUAACGCAGCAAGCUACCGAAUGCACUGUAUUGGGUAAAAUACCCAGGGUUUGAACCUACACGGAACAAGGGAAGAGUCCCCCCUUAGCCAUACCAAAUUCUGGAUCUCUGCAGGAAUUCCCUGUUGUUCACUCAAUUAUUGCCAUAGCAGAGGCUGACUUGGAAUUUCAUAACUGCAUCACAAUCAACCCCCUGCCUCUUCAUCUGCUCAAUGAAAUCAUUUAAAGACAUGCAGCCAGGUCAGGAGAGACGUAGUCUCAUGUAGACGAGGAGACAAAGAGACACGAAGGUCAAGUGUGCAUGCUGGGGUCAGCAUGGACAGUCUGGGGAAUGGGCAAGGACUGUACUGAAGGAAGGAUUGGGUGGCAUCAUUAUAGUGCCGGACAUUGGUGUACAUAGCAUUAUCACCAGAAAUUGGUGAUACGUGGCGAAUGUCAUAAGGACUGUCUUCACGAGUCCCAUGUUUUCCAGUAAUGACAGUAUAAAUAACCGUGGCCUGGGUAUACACAUAUUAUAGAGAGGAAGCUGGGGAGGUCCGUUUGCCCUUAAGUUUGUUCUUACAGGUCAAGGGCCAGCAGUGGAAAGUAUUCCAUAGGUUUGUUAGUGGUAGUGUUGGGGAUCUGUGUGUGCUCUGCAUCUCUUAGCUGCUAAAAGACUCUGAUGAUUCAAGAGAGGAGAUGGGAGGGCAGAAAGCACCCCUCGUUGAAUUGACAAGAGGACCAGCCUGUGACCUGCCUACAUGCCACACAGGUCGGGGAGGGGCUGGUGCCUUAUUCAAGUGAGGGAGUUGGCCAUUGCUCCAGGUGGCUGCUUAGCAACCGCUGUGCAGUGCUCAGUGUAUAACUUCUCAGUGCUAGAGGGAGCUGGUGGAGGCUCGGAAACACAUCCCUGCCAGCCAUUACGGGUGCCUUGAUAGCUCUGUGUGUGAUGGCAUCCUGUCAGGAUAAACCUUGUCUACUGGACUACAAGGGGAGCCUGUGAGACGUGUUCCUCACUGUGCUCUCUGUAGCCCUGACCUCUCACGUGCCCCCUGACCUGUAGUCACUGGACAGGGCACCCGGACCUCUGUCUCAUCAGUGGUGUCAGGGCCUACAAGUGGGUUUUACCUCCCCCAACAUUGGAAUGAUUUGCUCUUUUCAAGUCUGUAGUGUCCUGUGCUUGUACCAGACGCCGUGAAAUGCACUGUUCCAAAUGUGAAAACAUGUUCUCUUCUGUGACCAACUGCCUCCUGUUGUUAAUGUGGACUGGAAUGUGAUCAUGUCAUUUUGUCAGGGAUUUGGGAAGGUGAGGAAACUGUGUAGUGGUCUCCACCCUAAUCCAGGAGACAAAUUGUUUGUUCAACACAUUGUGAGUUUUGUAACACAUGGUCUAAGCCACGCUACUGAUAAUGUGAUGAGUUAAAUUUCCAGUACAAUUAA